AACCCACUCAAUCAAGGUUAUCAUAUUCCUCCUUCGUUAUUCCCCCAAUGGGAACCCUACUUUUCUCUUUUACUUUUUCUCCAUUUCUUCUCCCUUCCCUUCCCUUCCAUUUCAAUUCCCCAGUUUCUCUUUUCAAGCUUUCCAUUUUGCCUCUCAUAUCUCCGCCCAAUGGGUAAUUGCUUAGGUUCUUCUGCUAAAGUUCAAAAUGCCCACACCUCCCAAGGGACUCUCGAAAUCUCCCAAAGUUCAAGCAAGAAACGUCAUCCAUUAGUUCCUUCCAAUCUCCCUAACUCAUUGGUGGAUAGGAAUAACAAUGUAUUGGGUCUUCCCACGCCUAAAACAGAAGGUGAAAUAUUGUCAUCUUCAAAUUUGAAGCCUUUCUCUUUCAAUGAGCUCAGGAAUGCUACUAGGAAUUUUCGACCUGACAGCCUGCUAGGUGAAGGGGGAUUUGGUUAUGUUUUCAAAGGAUGGAUUGAUGAAAACACAUGGGCUGCUGCGAGGCCUGGAUUGGGAAUGGUUGUUGCAGUCAAGAAGCUAAAGCCUGAAGCUUCCCAAGGCCACAAAGAGUGGUUGACAGAAGUUAAUUAUUUGGGCAAAUUUCAUCAUCCAAAUCUAGUUAAGCUGAUUGGGUAUUGCUUGGAAGGUGAAAAUCGGUUAUUGGUAUAUGAGUUUAUGCCGAGAGGGAGCUUGGAGAAUCAUCUCUUUAGAAGGGGUUCACAACCUCUUUCUUGGGCAUUGAGGAUCAAAGUGGCCAUAGCUGCUGCCAGAGGGCUUUCCUUUCUUCAUGAAGCCGAAUCGCCUGUCAUAUAUCGUGAUUUCAAGGCAUCCAACAUCCUACUCGAUGCGGAAUUUAAUGCAAAGCUUUCUGAUUUUGGUUUGGCGAAGGCUGGUCCCACUGGAGAUAGAACUCAUGUAACUACUCAAGUUAUGGGGACCCGUGGCUAUGCUGCACCUGAAUAUAUUGCUACAGGUCGCCUGACAUCCAAAAGUGAUGUUUAUAGCUUUGGAGUUGUGUUGCUCGAAUUGUUGUCGGGUCAACGUGCUGAGGACAAUCUUGUAGACUGGGCAACACCAUAUUUGGGUGAUAAAAGAAAGUUAUUCCGAAUUAUGGACACCAAACUUGAAGGACGAUAUUCUAAAAAAGGAGCUUAUGUAGCUGCAAAUUUAGUUUCACAAUGCCUUAGGAGUGAACCGAGGGCCCGACCUCGAAUGGCAGAAAUUUUGGGUGCAUUGGAGGAAAUCGAAUCCCCCAAAACUCUAGCCAGAAUCUCGCAUCCAGUUCAACGAACUACUCCUACUUUGUCAAACUCGAAUGUUGAUGGAUCACUUUCGACAUCGCAUCAGAAGUCACCACGACGAUAAUAAUGAAGAUGUAUAGUAUAGAUCAUAGUAAGAUUUAAGCUGGGUAAAAAUCUCUCAUAACAUCCAUGCUCUGCCAAAUAUUGAUAGAUUUUUUGUAUGUAUAUUAUGGUUUUUCAGUGAAGUAAAAAUAGAAGAAAUUGAAUGGUUUCUAAAUAAUAAUUUCUUGCAGGUUGAUUGUUACUACAAA